AAUAUUUCUAGGUUAUAUUCCUGAAAUGUUCCCGGGCUUUAAAAGAAAAAAGCAGAAACAGAUAAACAUUUAUAAUCAUAUUACUGGACUCACAAGUAAAAUAUAGAAAUAGUAAUCCAACACUAAUUUCUUACUACUAAUCGUAUAAUCAUGUCAGCUCAAGAUAAUGUCGCAGACUCUGUGCUUUCCUACUGGAAAAUGUUUAACGAAAUGGUACCAGAAAUAAGAAAAGCCGAGUGCUCGGAGAGUGGUGUCAAGAAACUAGCUAAUAUUAUACAAUCCAGAGAAUUUUCAAAUAUAAUAUUCAUUUGCACGAAAGAUCCUUGCCAUACAUUUGAGAAGUAUCAAGAUAUUUGUAAUAAGUACAAAGCUUUCACCACUUGGCUUCUCGGGCAAUUUUUCUAUUUCCUAGGCAGUGAAAAGUUUUUAAAAGUGCACGACAUCGUUAUUGAUACUCAAAUCAAUAUUUUAAAGCACUUAUCUAAAACAAAACUGCAUAUAUACAAUGAACUUUACAAGGAAUACAGCAAAGCACUUGAAAUGCUUGUUGAUUUUUAUAACAGCCCACAAGAAACACUCAAAUUGGAAGUAUUUGUACCUGAGCAGUUUGAUGAUUUGAGUACUAAUCUAGAUCUAACUCAGGCUUUUAUUGAGGUAUCUUCAGAAUCAAAAUGUGUUAGUAUUCUAGAAAAAAUGAUGAAGAUAAUUGAACUGUUUCUCUCAGAGAACUUCACAUUUUAUAGUUUCGAUGAAAAUACUACCAGAAACUUGGAUUGUCUACUGGCUAUGUUAGGAAGUAAAAACUUAAGCAUGAAGCUAAGCAUUGUUGACAUAUUUUUAAGUAUCUUGAACAACAAGACUUUUGACCUUGUAGACGUGAAUACUAUCAUAAAGAGAAAGCUUACGUUAUUCACUAUGUUGUAUGAGCAACUAGUAUAUAAAGUAUAUAAUGAGGAGAUCUGGACUACUACAGAUGAUAUGCAUAAAUUUGAAAACGGGCUUGUUAGGUUUUUUGAUAUCAUAGGAAAGAGCAAUUGGUUUAUUUGCUUGAAUAAUCUACAUGCAUUUGUGUACAAGAAGAGUCUUGAAAGCAAAGGAUGUGUGCCAUCACAAGAGGUUCAGGUAGCUUCCUUAAAAAAAUCACAACAGCAUCACAACAGAGGAAACUACAUACAUCUCAUAGCACAGUUUCAUAAUAGUGCUUUGGUAUACUCUGUUGAAAAUGACAUUUGCAAAGAUAUCUUGCAAACAGAGCACACCAGUGAUCUAACUAAGGUAUACAGAAUGGAUGUAAGCAAAAUUUGGUGCCACUUGUCCAAAAGUAUUCUAGAAAAUAUGGAUCUUAUUAAAUGUACGAAAAAUAAAUGUCUACUGGGCCCAUUUUUGAAAUAUUCAGAACAACUCACAAGUAUGGUGAUGAGAAUCAAGAUCAAGGCAUUGCAGAAUGAUGUAAAUACAGCUCUACAGUUUUUUGAUGAAAAUACAUUGCUUCAAAGUUUUUUAAGCAAGUAUACAUCACACAUAGAAGUGUGUGGUGUUAACAGACACCUGCCAGAUAUUUACAAUUUCUUUAUGAAUGUAUGUUUGUUAACACACAAGCAGAAUCUUGCUGCAAUAUUUGGAAUAUUAGUAUCUCCUCUUUUGAAGAGGUUCUGUUCAAAAAACGAAAAUUGUUUCAGCGAAUUCACAUAUAGAUAUACAGGUGAUACUAACAUGUUGAUGAAAUCGCUGUACAGAAAACUAUUUGCUGCAAAUAUAGAUUGCUUCAUUUCAUUGAAAAGUGUUGUGACGUUUUUCGAAGUCAUAUCUAGUGGUUUGGUGGAGGUGAAUAACCAUCAGUUACAAAUGAUAGAAAAGACCUUUAUGGAAAUAUGCAAAGGCGUGUUCGAUAUGCGGGAACCAGAAUUUAUAUGCGAGAUUUUAGCGUCGAUUCCAUACAUAGUAACCUUCUUUGAAGACACGGCAGCAAUAUUCAACAACUUGUGGAUGCGAGCUUUCCAAUCCUUCUCUAACCUAACGGACGUUGUCGAAAAGGCUGUUGCAGAAAUCUCUGACGUAGUCUGCUGUUUCAACUGUCCUUAUGUCAGAGUGAUAGGGUGGGAUGGAGAGAAUAGUCGAAUUAAAUCAAACUUCCGCUGCAGAAAAUGUUCUCUGAAUAACGUUGAGGAGAAACAUGAUAUACUUAAAAUUGUGAAAGAAGAAUUUGGCGAUGAAGUGGGGACGGUGAAUUUUCAGAAGAUUAGAGGAGAUGGUCCGUUGAUCACAACGGCACUGAAGCAGAUAUUGAUGUUGUUGUCAACAGCCAAGGAGUGUAUAAAAAUCAAGUGCUUAGAAACGUUACCAGCAUUCGCUGGUCAUGUGACUCAAUUCCAUUCAGUAAGUGUUACAAAGAUUUGGAUAGUCCUAUUUGAAGAACAAAACGAUGAUGUAAAGAAAAAGGUAGUUGAGGUUGUGGGUGAUCUCGUGAGGUAUAACCAGGAAUGUGAUGUAAUUACUGAAUUGGUGAAGACAGACAUCCUGCAAACCAUCUUCACACAGCUCCUAACUUUAACGAAAAAAUCCCUGAAAUUUUCCAAAUAUCAAGAACAGUAUCGUCUUCUUCAAAUUAUACAAGAAAUAACUCUGACGAAGAAAGACUAUAUCGUUUUAGAGUCGAUGAAAAUCCUUCUUUACUUCAUAAUGAUACCUACCUCGAAGUAUUCCCUCAUCGCCGUAAAUGCCUGUUUUAAAUUAGCAAAGAGGAAUGAGACGGCAACUACGGAUAUUUACAAGGAGAAUAAAAAAGAAAUGUGCGAAGUAAUCAGUUAUUUGUGCUCGAUGAAUCAGGCUGUGAUCAACUACAGUUUGGCUACAUCUUUAGAGAAGGUUUCGCCAAUGUUUGGAUUUUACGGGUCGAAGGAUUUUGUGACACAGGAGAGUAACUACCUGUUACCCUUCCUCGUACGAAAAGUGGUGAAAAUGCCGGCGGUAACCAAAUUGAUUCAAGAAAUGGCUACCAUGCUUGAUAUGGAGAUGCCUGAUAUGCUUGCUUGCAAGUACGGCUAUAUAUUCAUUCAAAUCUUCUUAGAUGACUUGUCAAAGGAGGAAUUCAAGCAGUGCAUGAAGUAUUUAGAGAAAGCUACCAGCAUGAGCGGGCCAUCUUUGAGAAAGCGAAAUUUUAGGAUUAUUUUAAACAAGCUUCUUCUGAAUUUUCACGAAAAGAAGGAUAAUGUGUUGCUAGCUUUGAUGCUUCUGGCAGAGGAAGACACUGAAAAUAGAACAACACAGAUUCCUGACUAUCUACAACCGCACUUUCUAGGAGUGUUACAGUAUUUCGAUGGAAAACUAAUGUCAAAGAAUAAUUCAAAGAAACGGAAUAUGCUGAAGAGUUUAGCGGACUUGCUCAGGUAUAUGGGUCCCACUCAUAUAAUGCAUCUCCGCUUCAAAAUCAUAGCAAUGCUCCAAGCAACCAAUUGCGACCAGCAUCCAGAGCUGAACGUUGAAGUGUGGGAUGCUUUCAUUAGAACUUGUAAGAUCGAAUUUCUCAGUCCACACUUGGCAUUGGUUUUUGUGUCCAUACUGCCACUCCUGGACUCAUGUCCUAGACAAGUAAAUGACAUCUUCAGAUAUCUCAUUGUAGAGAAUGAGGAGAAUACAAAAAAAUUCAUACCGGAUCUGUUCUUUCUUAACAAUGAUAAGAUUGAUCACGAAGUUCUCUGUAUCAUAAAAAGGUACAUAAAAGCUCUGGAAAAGUAUAGCUUGAAAGAAAAAAUCCAGAAAUUCCUUAAGUACCUCACACAUGAAGCCACUGAAGUAAAGAUUCAAGCUUUGAGGCAGCUGAAAAAAUAUCUAGAACAAAACAGGGAAGAGUUGGACAUAAUGAUAUUGAAUUACAAUGGGAUUGAUACUGUAAUAGUUGAAUUGGUCGAAAUUCUUACGACGGAGUGCAGGGAAAAGGAUGAACAGUUAAAAUUGGCUUGUGGACAGUUGAUAGGCGAACUGGGGGCAAUUGAACCCAGUCAUCUACCGAAAAGGUGUUCCCAUGAUGACCAAUCAUUCUCAUUCUAUAUCCAUGAAGACUCGUUCAUUACAGGUUGUCUGACUGAGUUGAUCAAGAGAUUACAAUCUGAGUACAAUCCUCAGAACAUGGAUCGUUAUGCCCUUGCUAUUCAAGAAACUCUCAAGGAAUACGAAAUUUCUCCGGAACCCCAUAGUUCCAGACAGUACUUAUGGAACCAAUUCUCUGACACUCAUAAAGAAGUUAUGCUGCCCUUAUUAUCAUCCAGAUAUGUUAUUUCACAGCCAGUUUUAGCAAACAGUUUCCCAACUCCUGUUUAUGGAUCACAUUUGGGGACAUCGUUCCAUUCGUGGUUGUACAAUUGGACGUGCAGUUUGAUAUAUUCACUCCCUGAAGACAAAAAGAAUAUUCUGACAGUAUGUCUACCAAGCAUGAAACAUGACAAACGAAUUUUGAUGUACUUUCUCCCUCAUGUUUUGGUACUUGCCCUGUUAGAAGGCAUUGACGGCAUAGCUGGAAAAUCUUUUACAGAAAUUCAAACUAUAACCAGCUCGUUUUCGAAAACUAGGUGUAUGGACCCGAAAGUUUUGAACUUGCGGCCUAUUCCAGUUCCAGGAGCGCUUACUAAAGCCCAAUCUAUAACACCAGAGGAAAUGAAGCAAAUGCAGUGCACAAAAGUUGUUUUCUUGUUAUUAGACUUCGUUGACAGGUGGCUUAGGGAAUGGGAAUGGCAAAGAGGACAAGCGGGGAUUAAUAACGAUAAUUAUAGCACCAUUAAGGCAUUCCAAAAGAGGUUAUGUAAAUUGCAGUUGGCGAAAUGCAACUACCAUUGCGGUGAAUAUCCUCGAGCUUUAAUGUAUUUGGAAGACUACAUAACUGAAAAUAAGAAUUGUAUGGAACAGCAUCUUCCAUUUCUUGCAGAGAUUUACGCUCAGUUGGAUGAACCUGAUGGAACAAAAGGUGCAACUGCACUUCAAACUACUGAGCCUUCCGUUGAACAGAAAAUUCUUGCUCUCGAGGUAUCUGGAAAAUUGGCGGAUGCCACCACCUGUUAUGAACAGCUGAUGAAGCCGUUAAAGUUACACCAUGUUCAGGGAUUGGUCCAAUGCUACUUGAACCUAGACAAUGUCAGCACAGCAUUCCAUUUCAUAAAAGGAGCAUCCGACGAUCACUUGGACUUUGGAAAUAUGUUGUUGGAAAUGCAAGCCGAACCAUUAUGGCGCUUGGGGCAAUACGAUGAUUUAGAUGCACUGGUGAAGAAACCAGAAGUGGCGGAGAGCAAAUAUUGGGGUGUACAGAUAGGCAAAGCGCUUCUCAAUUUUAAGUAUGGAAAAACUGAAGCAUUCCAAACAACGCUAAACAACCUACUAACUCAACAAUUAGAUCUGUUCAGUGCUGCCAGCUUAGAGGAAGGUGCCUACCAACACGGCUAUAACUAUAUAUCGAAAUUGCAUACUUUGAACGAGUGUCAGCAGGUGCAACGUCUAGUAUCGGAUAUAUUGGUGAAGCCUAAUGACCAACAGUAUGCAGAAAGUUUAAUCAAGAAGCUCACGAACGAUUGGAAUUUGAGGAUAAAGGUUGUCCAAGAAUCUGUGCAGAUCAUAGAACCACUAUUGUGUCUGAGACGAGUUUCACUGAAUCUUGCUAAAACAGUUAUAGAAGAAAAGUUACGACGCCCUGUUUCGUAUUUUGACACGCUUAUAGGGGACUGUUGGUUGCUCAGUGCUAAAAUUGCCAGAUCUGCAGGGUUGCAUCAACAAGCCUACACUUACAACAUAAAAGCAGAAGAAUAUGCCCCAGCUACACUGUUUAUUGAGAAAGCAAAGCUGCAUUGGUUUAGGGAAGAACACGAACAGGCACUCACAAUACUCAAAAAAGGCAUGGAACAAAUAUUACCGCCUGACGGAAAUGCUGCACAGUUAAGAUUGGAAGAACGAAAAAUAUGCGCGAAAGCAAGACUACUUUACGCCAUUUAUAAUGACGAAAUUUCUAACGUGGAGGCUGAAGUUAAUAUUUUGAAUUAUAGAAGAGCAAUUGAUGUUCAUAGGGAAUGGGAAAAAAGUCUGGUAUGUUUGGCUCAGUAUUACGACAAACUACUACAAAAUAUGUCCGUUGAGGAUCGUGAUACAAAAGGCAAUGACUUCCAACUGUACAUGAUCAACUUUUUUGGUAAAUCCCUGCAGUAUGGAACCGAUUAUGUCUACCAGUCUAUGCCCAGACUACUAUCGAUUUGGUUCGACUAUGGCUCUCGUAUUUUAGAAGUAACUAAUCCUACGGUCAGAGAAGAAAGAAGAUCAGUUCUUCUUAACAUGACCAGAUUGAUUGAUUCGUUUUUGGAAAGACUGCCGCCUUAUGUGUUUCUGACUGCGUUCUCGCAGUUGAUCUCUAGAAUAUGUCAUCCACAAAAAGAGGUGUAUGGAGAGCUAAAGCUAAUUAUCAUUAAACUAAUGCACCACUAUCCGCAACAGUGUUUAUGGAUGAUAAUUUCCGUUAUUAAAUCCAGCUAUCCAGUUCGUUCAAAAAGAUGUGCAGAAAUCCUCUCUGAUCCUCGACUAAAAUCUACUACUCUGACAAAAUUGAUCAGGGAUUUUACGAGUUUAGCUGAAAAGUUGAUCGAGCUGUGCAAUAAGGAGAUCCCUGGGGAUGUUACGACAGCUAGUGUCAGUUCUUUGCUUCGAUCUUUGCCAAGGUUGUUAGGAAAAGGUGACUUCAGUGAAAUAAUGAUGCCUACGUUCAAGUUAAGGAAGCUAAUCUUACCCAACCCGGAUUUCAGCACUACUGAACACAAUCCAUUCCCAAAUCAAAGUGUUUACAUUACUGGGAUUGAAGAUGAGAUCAACAUUUUGACUAGUUUACAAAGGCCAAGAAAAAUAACUUUGAGAGGAUCUGAUGGAAAGAAGUACACAUUCAUGUUAAAACCUAAAGAUGAUCUUCGGAAAGACUUUCGAUUGAUGGAAUUCAAUGAUAUUGUAAACCAUUUGCUGUCUAGAGAGGCAGAAUCAAGACAAAGAAGGCUGAACAUACGAUUGUAUUCUGUGGCACCACUCAAUGAGGAGUGCGGACUCAUAGAAUGGGUACCUAAUCUUAUUGGGCUCCGACCUGCGUUGAUGACCAUUUAUAAACAGAAAGGAAAUGUUAUGAGGACAAAAGAAUUGAAAGAAGCGUGCUGUAACAUAAGGGAUCCCUUAGAUAAGAAGAGGGAUAUAUUUCUGAAAAAGUUGUUGCCACGGCAUCCACCGGUUCUAGGUGAAUGGUUUAGGAAGACUUUUCCAGAUGCACAAAGUUGGUUAACAGCUAGAACAGCCUAUAUCAGGACGACAGCUGUGAUGUCUAUGGCCGGGUAUAUCCUUGGCCUAGGUGAUAGACACGGAGAAAAUAUUCUAUUGGACUCCACUUGUGGAGAUGUUGUUCACGUCGAUUUCAAUUGCUUAUUUAAUAAGGGUGAAAAGUUCGAUUGGCCAGAACGAGUUCCAUUCCGGCUCACGCACAACAUGGUUGCCGCCAUGGGCCCUUUGGGUGUUGAAGGAACUUUUAGAACAUCAUGCGCAUGCACGCUGAGGGUACUGAGGCACAACGCCAACAUUUUGAUGUCUAUAGUCACUCCAUUCGUCUACGAUCCUUUGGUGUCAUGGACAAGAAAUAUGGGCGGGCCUCCUUUGAACAAUCACAAUCCAGAAAGGACCAAUGAUGAGGCUGUGGACCACAUAAAAAAUAUUGAGCUGCGACUACAAGGAACGGUCAAGUCGAGACAUAAAACUUUAACUAUGCCACUUUCUGUAGAUGGACAAACAAAUUAUCUUAUAAAUGAAGCAAUCAGUGUUGAUAAUCUGUGUCAAAUGUAUAUAGGAUGGGGGCCUUACUUGUGAGAUAUAGUAUGUAAUAUUUUGGUACGUUUUGAGCAAAAAUAUAUUUAUUCUUUUUUGUGUAUUUUUUACUACAAACAUACAAUAACGGAAUACAUUUAUUCAUAACUGGCGAAAUUCAGCCCUCAUUAUUUUUUAUGGACGGAAAAAUUGCAGUAGGUAGCUUUUACGCUGUAUAUUAUG